GAAUGGAGGAACUGAUGAUACAAUCGGCUGAGAGACUCCGAGUUCAGGCCGCUACAGGACCCGAUAUAGGACCGCUCUGUUUUCCGCUCUAUCCCCCGCUCCUCCAGCAGGAUUACCCCGGUACCUGUCCUCGGGCCGCUGCUCCGCUCCGGCUGCCCGAUCAGCGCCCGCUGUGGGCAUAGAUUCCUCCUUCGUGUUUAUACCGGACCCACAGCAGGAGGCCCGUCGCGCGACUCCCACUCGGAGAAUAUGAAACGGUGUCCACAAUGACGUCUCGAAUUGUGAAAACCUACAGCCGCAAGGCGGGAGACGGGACGUCCAAGUUCGACGAGGUCCUGUCCAACAAGCGCGCUACGCUCAGCACCAAAUGGGGCGAAACCACUUACAAAGCCCAGCUGGGCUCCAAAAGACCCAGCAUGAUGAAGGGGGACCGAGCGGACCGGACCAAAAAGCCCAAAAUGGCAGAGGAGGACGAGUCCGAGGAUCCGUUCGGGUUCGACAGCGACGACGAGUCGAAGCCCGUGUCGUCCCGUAACACGUCCAAACCGUCUCCGGCCAAGGCGGGCUCUGUGGAAAGCGGUCUGACCCUGGAGCCUAACAGCAGAGUGAACCUGCCUGCCAGUGUGGAGGCGGUGGCCCCCGGCUGGCCCCCUACACGCCCACCCUCCACGCUGAGUGGAGAUAAGAGUACUGUUCGUGUAGCAGAGGACUCAGGAAAGUUUUUCAGCAGCUCCACGUCAGGCAAAACCCACAGCUGGUCCAGCUGUGAGAGCAUGGAGCGACACAGCUACUCGUGGUACAAAAACGCUUCAGAGAGUGACCGCAAGCCGCUAGCCCAGACCACUGCCCUGAAGUCAGAAAAAUCCGAAGACAAGGAUUCGUUCGAUGCGUGGGGCGCUAUCGUGGGACUGGGGUCCUGCUCUACGUCGCCGCUUUUAGCACCCAGAGAUCCUCCAUCCAGCACGUGGACCUCCAGCAGCAGUAGUCUUCUGACAAAACCCCUCACCGAGACCCGCAUCACCGAGGUCGGCCACGGAGACGUGGAGCUCCCCGCAGAGCCAUCAGAAUCAGAAGACCACUCUCAGCCCCUGCUCAGGACCUCCAACUGCAGGACGUACCGCAGACCCAACAAAAGCAAGCCAUCCGCCUUUGGGGGCACAUCGAACACCGACGGAGCGGGAGCCGCAAAAACCACAGACGGGGAGGGUAAGAGCCGGGGCAGGACGAGGGACUACACGGUCCUGCACCCGUCCAGCAUGUCCGCCUGCAACGUCACCAUUCAGGACUCCAUGGAGCGAGGUAUGGAGGAGUACACGCCCAGCACCCAGGCUGCUGAUCCAGAUGAGGCAGGAAGACUGAGGAAGAAAACCGAGCCUGAAACCAAACCAGCCAGGUCCAGAUCCACACAGAGCAAGACCAAAAAGGAGAACAAGCUGGAUCUGUUCGGCUUCGACGACGGAGAGGCUCCCUCAACAGAAGGAGACGCCGCCUUCGGUGGCUCCAACUACAAGAUCAAAUACUUUGGCUUUGAUGAGCUGAGCGACAGCGACAGUGAAGGGGAGGAGGAAGAGGACAAGCCGAGGAAGACCAGGAGGAUGGGUUCUGCACCGGAGGAAGUUCCUGAAGUGGCUAGUGUGGACUUUUCUCCACCUAAAGCAUCUCAGGAGAACAGCAGCACAGGUCAGAAACUUGGCCUCAAGCGAGAUCCUCUGGAGAUGCCGGAGGUGAACUUGUGCACUGUGUCUGAAGCACCGAAGAGGCCUCAGGUCAAAGCUCAUGAGAAAGCCAAGGAGAGCAGUAGGAGGAUCUUCAGUGGACCUAAACGGUCUCCUACUAAAGCUGUGUAUAAUGCAAGACACUGGAACCAACCAGAAGCUGAAGAGCUGCCUCCUCCUCCUCCUUCUGCAUCACAGGCUGCUCCGGCGUCUUCCUCUGGUAGCAGUAAAGAGUCAAACUCUCAUAAAGGAGAUGACGGCGUGUUCAAGACUCCGCCCCCGCCGCCCAAAGUCACCAAGUCGGUCACUGUGCCCACAGAGCCUUACCAGGACAUCGUCACUGCACUGAAAUGCCGGAAAGAGCACAAGGAGUUAUAUACGGUGGUGCAGCACGUAAAGCACUUCAACGACGUAGUGGAGUUCGGAGAGAACCAGGAGUUCACAGACGACUUCGAGUACCUGGCUACAGGCCUGAAGAGCGGCCAGCCUCUCAACACUCGCUGCCUCAGUGUUAUCAGCCUGGCGACACGCUGCGCUUUGCCCAGCUUCCGCAUGCACCUGAGGGCCCGGGGCAAAGUGGCACAAGUCUUUAAGACCCUUAGUGAUGCCCCCCAGCACCCUAACCUCGCUCUAUGCACAGCGUCCCUGAUGUACAUCCUGAGUCGGGACCGUCUAAACAUGGACCUGGACCGGGCCAGUCUGGAGCUGAUGAUCCGCCUGCUGGAGCUCGAGCAGGACAAAACGGCAGACAGCCAGCUCUCCGCCAAAGAGAUGAGUAAAGUGAAGGAGCGGAUCCGCAAGCUGUGUGAGACGGUGCACAACAAGCACCUGGACCUGGAGAACAUCACGACGGGCCAUCUGGCAAUGGAAACGCUGUUGUCACUAACGUCAAAAAGAGCUGGAGACUGGUUUAAGGAGGAGCUGCGGUUACUGGGAGGACUCGACCAUAUUGUGGAUAAAGUGAAAGAGUGUGUGGAGAACCUAAGCUGUGAGGAUGAUAAGGAGAACCUGGUGGCCUCUCUGUGGGGGGCUGAGAGAUGUCUGCGUGUUCUGGACAGUGUCACCGUGCACAACCCAGAGAAUCAGGCCUACCUGAUCGCCUACAAAGACUCCCAACUCAUCGUCUCUUCAGCGAAGGCCCUGCGUCACUGUGAGGACAUGAUCCAGCGUUACAGACGGGACGUAAGCAGGAGCUCGUCAGGGUCUUCACCGCCCCACUGCAGUGUGGGUAAAGCGGUGCAAGACUGCAUGAGAGCCAUCAUUGGGGUCCUGCUCAACCUCACACACGACAACGAAUGGGGAAGCACAAAGACUGGUGAGCAGGAUGACCUGAUCAUCACUGCGCUGAACUGUGUCCUCAGGGUUCCUCAGUAUCUGCCCCAGGAACAGCGCUUUGACAUCAGAGUGCUGGGUCUGGGCCUGCUGAUCAACUUGGUGGAGUACAGUGCAAGGAACAGACACUGUCUGGUGGAGAUGGAGAUGGAUGGAGGCGAGCCCUGGGACUCCAUAUGUGUGUCAGGCAAAGAGGAGCUGAACACUGAGGGCUCACUGAGCGCCAUCGCUGCACUGGUGAAGCUGUUCCUCCAGCGUGAGCACGCCGCUGUUUUGGCCGAGGCAGAGACUGAUGACUUCAUCAACGAUGUGCCCACUGAGGCCCUGGACAAGAGCGGGGAGUGGCAGGAGACGUCUGGUGAGAUCCAGUGGGUGGCGUCAGAGGACAAGGGCACGGGGGAGGACACGAAGAAGAAAGACGAAGAGGAGGAGGAGCUGGACCUCAACAAAGCUCUCCAGCAUGCAGGGAAGCACAUGGAGGACAGCAUCGUGGCCUCGUACACUGCACUGCUAUUGGGCUGUCUCUGCCAGGGAAGCCCUAUGAAUGUCAGUACUGUACGGGAGAACCUCCCUAAAGGUGACUUCUCCAUCAUGACAGAAAUGCUGAAGAAGUUCCUUAAUUUCAUGAAUCUCACUUGUGACAUGGGCACCACGGGCCAGAAGUCGAUCUCUCGGGUCAUCGAUUACCUCGAGCACUGCUAGUGUGUGAGGUCGACUUUAUACACACAUACACACACACACCCACACACCCCUAUCCAGAGAGAGGAAUGCAGUGACCCACCAGCACCCGUGCGUCAGCUGUCCUGUUCCUCGUUUGUGAUGAACCCUGCUCCUCGCUUUGCUCUGAUGAUGUCACGUCUCAUAGAGGAACACACACUUGUUUCACUGUUUUUUAUUUCCUGCUCAGUUUUGUGUUGGAGGCGGAGCUUUAAUUCAAGAGUAAAAGUGAGCACGCAGCAGUGCUAAUCCUGCAGCGUCACGUCACGCCGUGGCCUAGCUUUACACGUAUAACGCCUCGAUCAUCCGAACAUGCUGUGUGAUUAAAAACACUUAAACUACACACACACACACACACACACACACACACACACACACACACACUGCGUAGGAAAAAGCCGAGUGCUCCGUCUCUUCCCAUUUACUAUUUUUAUUCAUUUUUUUAAUAUAUAUAGUUGAGUAAUUUAUUUGUGUUAAAGGGCACUGCAUGAUGUCUGGGCAUAAAACCCUCAAAGUUUAUAAGGUUUAAUCUGACCUAGACCCCCCCCAAACCACACACACACACACACACACACACACACACACACACACACACACACACACACACACACACACCUCCUGCCCUUCUGCAUCUGUUCAUCUGUGCUCUCGUUUCCCUCACGUGUUUGUUCCUCUUGAAUGAAAUCAGAAAUCAGUUCAUGUAGAUGUACAGGAGAUCACACUCUGUUUUUAUUAUAAUUAUUUACUUUUGAUUUAUGUGUAUUAUCAAAGUGUGUUUUCUUUACGCUGCCUGCUACAGACCUGUUCUGUUGGUCUUUCGUUCCUCUGCAGAAACAGUGGUGCGUCUGUCUGUCUGUCUGUCUGUCUGUCUGUGUGUGUGUGUGUGUGUGUGUGUGUGUGUGUGUGUGUGUGUGUGUGUGUGUGUGUGUGUGUGUGUGUGUGUGUGUGUGUGUGUGUGUGUUCUGUUAGGGCUGUUCAGUGCGCUUGUCAUUACCGUUCUUCUCGUAACUCUGGAAAUGAAUGGAACCACACAGAUGUACAUAUUUCUGUAAAUAUUGGCUCUUGGAAAUCUAGAACGAUAGACUACUUUUCAGAAUCGAACCUUAUGUUUUAUUUUAUACAGCCUUUUUUUUUUUUUUUUAAUUAUAAUUUUUUAUUUUUAUUAUUUAGUUUAGUUUUUUUUUUCUUUUGUUUCCUCUCACUUUUGUUGAGGUAAAAAAUUUAAGCUGCGUCCAAAAGCCAACUGCAGGAACCUGGACAACUUUGUAACAAUUUCAUAAAUAAUGUCUUUGAUUACUUGUAUAUAAUUUUAACUUGAAUAAAAAGUUGUUACUUUCA